CAUUCUCUCUCUCUCUCUCUCCAGGCUCCUUUGUGGUGGGCUCAAGUUUCAAGCCGUCCUCUCUCUCUCUCCCUCUCUCUCUCUCACACACACAUACGGCAAAUGUUUUAUUUAUUCGUAGUAUUACCAGAUCCCUCACGCCCUUGGAAGAACAACUCCAGCCCCAAUACCACCAUCACUUCCAGCAGCCCACUCCAUAAAAUCGCAAAGAAGGCUGCUAUGUGAGAAAGCUGCCUUCCUGUGUGUGUGUGAGAGAGAGAGAGGUGUUCCAAACCGCCUGCCUGCGCCAAAAAAAAGAAAGAAAAAGGAGAGACCUUUUCUUCAAUCUCUAGCAGUAUUCUCUCUCUCUCGUUUUAAUCUGUAUCCCUUCACGCUUGUAUCGCUAAAGAACUGAUCCAUUCUCUAAUCCCCACACCUUAUUCCAUGAACCAUGUCCAUAGCUCCACAUAGAAAGAAAAAGCCAUAGAUUUGAAUUCAGCAAGCUAGAUAGAAACAGGGAAGACUAUAGGAGCAGCAUCACACAUGUUGGGCUCUCCAUCACCGGCUCCGCCGCAACCUCUCAGCAUCAAUACCUCCUCCAACUCUUCCAUCCAUCCUCAACAACCCUUCCCUCCAUUGUGCAAUGCCAAUGCUAGCAAGAAAAAGAGAAGGCCGGCCGGCACUCCAGACCCUGACGCCGAGGUGGUGUCGCUGUCGCCGAGGACGUUGCUGGAGUCGGAUCGAUAUGUUUGCGAGAUCUGCAACCAGGGUUUCCAGCGCGACCAGAACCUGCAGAUGCACCGGCGGCGGCACAAGGUGCCAUGGAAGCUGCUGAAGCGGGAGGCCACCGAGGCGCGGAAGCGGGUCUUCGUGUGCCCCGAACCGAGCUGCCUGCACCACGACCCGUGCCACGCCCUCGGCGACCUGGUCGGCAUCAAGAAGCACUUCCGGCGCAAGCACAGCAACCACCGGCAGUGGGUUUGCGCCAAGUGCUCCAAGGCCUACGCCGUCCAGUCCGACUACAAGGCCCACCUCAAGACCUGCGGCACCCGUGGCCAUUCCUGUGACUGUGGCCGGGUCUUCUCCAGGGUGGAGAGCUUCAUAGAGCACCAAGAUGCAUGCAAUGCCGGCCGAGCCAGAGCCGAGCUUCAGACACUCCAGCCUGCAUGCCUAUCAAGGACUGCGUCAAGCCCGAGCCGAUCGAACGACACCAACUUCAGCCAAGCAGGGUGGCCUGGUCUACCAGUGCCAAAUCCUGCCACCAUCUUCCUCCACUCCAGCCAAAUUCCCUCCCUUCCGCCGGAUCGUCACUGCACCCACCACAUUGAGCUCCGGCUUCUACCCCCAUCCAAUACCAAAUCCCCAAGCCUCCCCUCAUCCACACUCUCCCCUACCUCCGAAGAGGCACAUGCCGCCAAAUUGCAGCUAUCCAUCGGCCCCAGCGGUGAUCGGUCACCUGACAAGGAGCCAGGAUUAGCCACCAUGAGGUUCGAGGAGGAGGCAAGAGAGCAAGUAAGGCUAGCAAUGGCUGAGAAGGCAUUGGCGGAUGAGGCGAGGCAUCAAGCAAAGCGGCAAAUAGAAUUGGCUGAGCAAGAAUUCUCGAAUGCUAAGAGAAUAAGGCAUCAAGCGCAGGUGGAGAUUAAUAGAGCGCAUGCUCUUCGGGACCAUGCAGUGAAGCAAAUCAACUCGACAUUGCUCCAGAUUACAUGCUAUGCUUGCAAGCAGCAGUUCCAGGCCAAGCCCAUGAUGGCUUCUGACGAUAAUUCUCUAGUUGCGAGCUAUAUGUCGUCAGUGGUGACCGAAGGUGAGGAGGAGAAUGAUGACCAAAACCAGCAGCAAAAGAUUUUUAGCACAUAGUUACCAAUAUGUAUUUCAACCCAAAUCUCUCUCUCUUGAGUAUACUGGGUCCUGAAAUUGGGUACAGUGAUGUUUGGAUUUUCAAAAUUUCAAGGGGUCAUGUGACAUGCAAUGUUUUAUUUUAUCCCUUUUUCUUUUGACGAUGGUGAUUUUAUGAUGGCUUAGCCCUUUCUUUUCGUAUUGGAAUCUCUUAGGGUGGGCUUGUAAUUUUUAAAGAUUACCGAAAAAUACUAGAAAAAUCCUCAUGCAAUCUUAAACUCU